UAUUAUAAAUGCUUUCAGAAAGGAUGUAAAAAAAAAGAAAAAGGAAAAAAAACGCCCGAACAGGGACUCGAACCCUGGACCCUCAGAUUAAAAGUCUGAUGCUCUACCGACUGAGCUAUCCGGGCAGACGGUGACGCUAGCGUUAAACGCAUAUUCAAGCCAAGUUCGUAUAACGUGCAUCGCGCAACUUGAAAUGACUUCAAUUAUUAUUAUUGCAGGUAAUUGAAAGGUUAUAAAAUAUGCGUAUGCGAUGAACGCAAAAUUUAGAAAACUGAAGCACUCACCAUCUUGCAGCCAAGUUUCUUGCCUGUAGCCUUGCGGCAUGUACAACUCGUUUCCUGUAAUCAAAAUUAACUUUUCAAAAUAAUAUGCCUUGAUUAAUCGCGCUAUUGAUCGCGAAUUAAAGCAAAUAGUGGGCGGGAGGAAAGGCAAAUACAUUUGUUUGUGUAUACUGAACAUCGAGCGGUGUUUGCCGUAGAUUGACAGGACACGCGGUACGCUUCCGUUAUUUUUGAUUAAUUAUUGAUACGCCCGUGUUUAUUCGAUACGCUCGUUCUGAAAAAAAAGAGAUAGUUUUUCGAUACCUAACACGGUCGGAAUAUCUGUUUUCGAUGGAAAAAAAGCGCGCCUGGUCCAAAUCCGAAAAUCAGCGUGAUCCACGGAGGACAAAGGAAGCGACGAGACAGGCCGCGAAUGAAUCAGAAGCAAAAACAAACCCUUCCGCGUGAACGGGCGCAUAAGAAUGCCGCCGCGCCGCAGAGAGAACUGGGGUGCGUUUAAUGGGCCUUCAAGAUUCUCCAUGGGUAGCCACUCGGCGGUAACCUCGUUUCGUUCCACGGCAAAAUCCAGUUCGACGCGGAUCGAAUCUACUUCAGCUACAGCUCAUUGCCCGACUAUAACGCGAUACUCUCUUCUCCGCAAAGACACUCCGAGUGUUCGCAGUGUCAUUGGAUGUCGCAUUAAGUCCGUGUCCCUCGCAACAAAUUUACGAUCGUGGAGCAUGGAUUGCACAUGUGAACUACAUAGAAAGACAGAUAUGCCGAAUGUGAAAAGACGAACAAGAGAGAAAGAAGGAAGGAAAGAGGGAAAAAGAGAGAAAGCGGGGAGCGAUCAGCGGUACUUCCAUUCCGUCGUGGUGGCGUUUCAAUAUUUCUGAAUCGUCGUGUCGAAAAGUGGAUCGAGCCGAUGGAGUGGGGACGUAACGCGAUUAUGAUAGAGAAAUUGCGGCAUUAUAGGCAGUGAUUGAGUUAGGUGGAGGUGGUCCAUCCCGAGCGAGAGCGGUGGCUUCACACCGUGGCAUGCCAAUACUAGAUAUAAAGUGUCAAUCACUGCAGCCAGACGCAGGCUGGGGUUGUUCGGCGACUCUCCUCGACGGGGACACCGAAGAGGGAGGUUCCACUGCGAGGACACCCCAGGGAAGUCUUUGCGGUGAUAACACGUCACUUAUUGAAUCUUGUAUUGGGGAAUUGACGUUGCGUUUCUAGGUCAAGGCUAGGAUACUCGGUCCGGAAGAAGAGAUGUCAUUGCGAAGAAGAAUUAUCGCGGCGCGAAUUAAUUUAUUCUAUCGCAAGGUUGAGCAAACAUUUCGCAACUUAUUCUAAAAUUUUUGUAUCUAUGUAACAUUUAGAAGUAACAUGUAUCAGAUAAACGCAAUGGUUUUUGAAGCAGAAGAUAUCAUGAAGAUUAUCGUUGAUUGCAAGAAUUAAAAAGAAAAUCAAAGACUUUUCAUUGAACUCUCUCUCUUUCUCUCUUUCUCUCUCACACUCAAAGUUAUUCUAUAUAUAUAUAUAUGUAUAUAGUGCAAAUGUAGUCAUAAAAGUGAUAAAGACGGAUACAGACUUGUUGCGUAUCCGCAUAUCAUCACGAUACAGUAUCAAGCUCAAUGGCAAUGCUUAUCAUCUUCUCCGUAUCAUUGUAUCAUAUUUGAUACAGAAAAAAAAGAACAUUCUUGUUUUGAGAAUAUAUUUUAAAC